GCGGGGCUCAUGUCGGAGGACUGCGGGCGGACAGCAGCCCUGGCGGCCGGGAGGACUCGAAAAGGCCCGGGGGAAGAGGGACUGGUGAGCCCCGAGGGAGCGGGGGACGAGGACUCGUGCUCCUCUUCGGCCCCGCUGUCCCCCUCGUCGUCGCCCCGGUCCAUGGCCUCGGGUUCCGGCUGCCCCCCUGGCAAGUGUGUGUGCAACAGCUGCGGCCUGGAGAUCGUGGACAAAUACCUUCUCAAGGUGAAUGACCUGUGCUGGCAUGUCCGGUGUCUCUCCUGCAGCGUCUGCAGAACCUCCUUAGGAAGGCACACCAGCUGUUAUAUUAAAGACAAAGACAUUUUCUGCAAACUUGAUUAUUUCAGAAGGUAUGGAACUCGCUGCUCUCGUUGUGGAAGGCACAUCCAUUCUACUGACUGGGUCCGGAGGGCCAAGGGGAAUGUCUAUCACUUAGCGUGCUUUGCCUGCUUCUCUUGCAAAAGGCAACUUUCCACAGGAGAGGAGUUUGCUUUGGUGGAAGAAAAAGUCCUCUGCAGAGUGCAUUAUGACUGCAUGCUGGAUAAUUUAAAAAGAGAAGUGGAAAAUGGUAAUGGGAUUAGUGUGGAAGGCGCCCUCCUCACAGAGCAAGAUGUUAAUCAUCCAAAACCAGCAAAAAGAGCUCGGACCAGCUUUACAGCAGAUCAACUCCAGGUUAUGCAAGCACAAUUUGCUCAGGACAACAACCCAGAUGCACAGACCCUCCAAAAACUGGCAGAAAGGACAGGCUUGAGCAGACGUGUGAUACAGGUGUGGUUUCAGAAUUGUAGAGCACGCCACAAGAAACAUGUCAGUCCUAAUCACUCCUCCUCUGCCCCAGUCACAGCAGUCCCACCCUCCAGGCUGUCUCCACCUAUGUUAGAAGAAAUGGCUUAUUCGGCCUACGUGCCCCAGGAUGGGACGAUGUUAACUGCGCUGCAUAGUUAUAUGGAUGCUCAUUCACCAACAACUCUUGGACUCCAGCCCUUGUUACCCCAUUCAAUGACACAACUGCCAAUAAGUCAUACCUAA